AUGUUUCAGCCUUCUUGUAAGAGGGAUGGGAUCGAGGGCCAGAUUCUAGAUCUGGACACGGCGGUGAAAGAUGGGGUUUUGGGAGGCGUAGAUUCUGGGGUUGUGGGGACUGGGGUUGGUGAAAAACUGGAUCUUGGGAGAAUGAUUGAAGAGUUGGACUUGUGUGAAGUUCCCUCUGUGUUCAUUUGCCCAAUUUCCCUUGAGCCAAUGCAGGACCCCGUGACUCUUUGCACGGGCCAGACCUACGAGAGGUCCAACAUUCUCAAAUGGUUCAGUUUGGGACACUUCACUUGCCCCACCACAAUGCAAGAGCUCUGGGACGAUUCAAUCACUCCAAAUGCCACCCUCUACCGAUUGAUAUCUACUUGGUUUUCUCAGAAGUACCUUGUGAUGAAGAAGAGAUCAGAAGACGUCCAUGGGAGGGUGUUGGAGCUUGUUGAAACUCUCAAGAAGGUGAAGGGUCAAGCUCGUGUUCUUGCCCUGAAGGAGCUCCAUCAAGUGGUGUCUGUACAUGCCACUGCCCGCAAGGCAUUGGUCGAUGGCGAUGGAGUCUCCGUGGUGUCAGCGUUGCUCGGUCCUUUCACUUCCCAUGCCGUUGGCUCCGAGGUAAUUGGUGUUCUUGUGAGUUUGAACCUUGAUUAUGAGUCCAAGAGGAAUCUACUGCAGCCUGCGCGGGUUUCCUUGAUGGUGGACAUUUUGAAUGAGGGUUCAAUCGAGACAAAGAUCAAUUGCACGCGGCUGAUUGAGACACUGAUUGAGGGGAAGGAUUUCCAGUUGGAAACUUUUAGGAGUCACAGUCUUUUGGUUGGGUUGAUGAGGCUCGUGAAAGACAAGAGACACUCAAAUGGAAUCUGCCCUGGACUGAGGCUCCUCAGAACAGUGUGCUUGCAUUCAGAAGUUAAGUGUUUGCUGGUAAGCAUUGGGGCUAUUUCUCAAUUGGUUGAGUUGCUGUCUGGUUUGGAGCCCGAAUGUUUGGAAUUGGCUCUUUCUAUUUUGGAUGCAUUGGCUUCUGUUCCUGAAGGCAGAUUAGCCUUGAAGGAUUGUUCUAAUACAAUACACGUUAUGGUGAAACUGUUGAUGAGGGUCUCAGAAAACUGCACUCAAUAUGCAUUGUCCAUUCUGUGGUCUGUGUGCAAGCUGGCCCCUGAGGAAUGCUCAUUGAUUGCCGUGGAAGCAGGACUUGCUGCAAAACUCCUCCUUGUGAUCCAGAGUGGUUGCAAUCCUAUAUUGAAACAACAGUCUGCUGAGCUCUUGAAGUUGUGUAGUUUGAAUUAUUCAGAUACAAUCUUCAUAUCCAAGUGCAAACUUACUAGAACCAUUCAAUGA